UCUAGUUCAAAAUAACCAAUAACCGCAGUUACUACGACAAGUAUUACUUUCCACUCAUAAUUCCACAAACUUGUGUCAACAGUAUAAAAUCAAUGCUGGUGUCCCUGGAUACCAGGAAUUUGUUAAUUCAAUUGUUUACUUUGCGCCAACUUUUUGGGAAUAACCACAUUGCUGAUAACUUGGUUGGCUGCGUUGGGGAGCAUUGCUGAUUUAGUUUUUUUCAAGUUGUGCAUGAGUGAAGGUUUAGUUUAGAAUUUUGUUCGCGGAUUUGAUACGAAAUUACCCCAACUAGACUGAAGACAAAUGUGUUUUGAAGAUGCAGGCAUACCGGGAUAACUUCAAGCAAACACCUUGUCCAGCAACGUUUGAGACAAGUGGUACGCCUACAGGUCGAUUACCUUUCUCGAAAUCGAAUCGCAACCGCAACGCUAUAGAUAAAACGUCUGGCUGUGUUGGAGUUGUCAAUCCGUGUGGAGCUGCUCUAUCCUCUGAGACAGGCGUUUUAACAACACCCAGAAUGCUAAGUCCUACCCAAAAUGUUGAGCCUACAUCAACGGCCGCGUUACUACGACAAAAUCAUGAGCUGCGUCAACGUCUCUCGGAUGAGGCAAGCAGCUAUCGUCGACGUAUAGACUCUUACAAGCAAGCGCAACAAAACCAAGCUAAUCUUGUCAGUCGCUUACAAUCGAAAAUACAACAAUAUCGACAGCGUUGUAGUGAUCUUGAGGAUCGAAUGCAUGAUUCUAUUAAACACACGCCCGUGCCUCCUUGUGCGCCGAAGAUAACCACCGGUCCAACCUCUAGUCAGGUUAUGUGUUCAACAUCAAUGGCGUUAGGUCAAUCAAGCCUGCCGUGUUCAUCUUCCUUGGACUCGCCGCCAUUAACUUGUGCACGAGAUUUUAUUGUGCACGAAGAUAGUGGUGAGCUUUGUCGUAAGCUCGAGGAUGAGCAUAGUAAAUGUGAACAACUCAUGGCACAGAAUAAUACAUUGCGGCAGCAGUUGGAAGAAUCGAAUCGCACGAAUGAAGCCAUAACUAACGAUCUACAGAAGCUAACUAAUGAUUUUUCCAACUUACGAGAUGAGUUGCUUAUUAAAGAAGACGAAUAUAAAGAAGAAGAGCAGGCAUUUAAGGAUUACUACAAUGGCGAACACAAUCGCCUCUUGAAGAUGUGGCGUGAAGUAGUUGCCGUCAAACGUGCUUUCAAAGACAUGCAGUCCGCUAUGAAAAAUGAAGUUGGCAAAAUGAGCUUGGAAAUUGGCAGCGCUGCCAAGGAUGUGACGAACUCUUGCGGUGGUCUCUCCUUUGUGCUACAACAAGCAAAACGCAUAACCGAUGCCGAACUUUGCGAGUCUAGACGUGAGAAUAAUGAUUUGAAGUCUCAAAUGGCGACCUUAAAGGUGCAAUUUGAAAGCGCACGACAAGAAGUUUUAGAAAGAGAUCAACGAUUACUCGACCUUAUGAAUCAAUUGAAAAAACUUGAAGAACGUUGCGCUCAAGCGGAAUCGCAAGCAAUGCUGGCCAAUCGUUAUAAUGAUGAAAUCGAGCGGCUGAACAAUUCUAUACGUGAAAUUGCGCAAGCCGUCGUACAAGACGCCGAAAGUGCCGAUCGCGAGGCGGACGCUACAGAGGCGAAUGAAUCGAUGCAGCACAUGCACUUGACGCGUGAUAGCGGUGGUGCUGGUAUGAGCGUACCAACGAAAUCGCCCCGUCGCAGCUCGGCUCGUGCAUCGCAAGCUUUUGCUGAGGGCACUAUAUCAGCAGUACAAGCCGCACUACAUAAAUAUCAAUUGGCCUUGCAUGAUAUGCAAGUGAAAUUUCAGAAUGCUAACGAAAAUCUGCGUAAUACUAAAGCACAACUCGAAACGACCGAUGGCACAAAAGCGCUCUUGACAACGAAGGUACAACAGCUAACCGAAAAGCUUGACGCCACUAAUUCGAAGCUAUCUGAACUAUUGAAUGAAAGAGAUAGUUUACAGAAGACGCUAGAGGAGGUACGCCAACAGAAACAGCAAAGCGAACAAGGACGUCUCGAUUUGAAUUCAGCAUUCGAAAAUCUAAGCGUAGAUUUCGAGAAGCUGCAAAUAAAAAAUGGAAAACUGCUUAAGAAAAUUGAUUUACUUGAAGAUGAUAAAAAGGCGGUGGAGUUGGAAAUCCAACGGAUACUUAAGGACAAGAAUAUACUUGAGAUGAAUUUAAGGUCGGAGGAGGAUCGCGGCAGUCGUCUACGUGAGGAGACGAUAUCAUUGCGUGAAGAAUUGAACAGCGUAAGCCUGACUCGAGAUCUGCUCGAGCAGCAACGUAUCGAAUCCGAAAAUAUCAUUAAUCUAAUCGAAAAGCAAAAAGCCGAUUUGGAGUAUGACUUAGAUAAGCUACUUUUAGAAAAAUGCGAUCUACAAGAAAGACUAGAUAAAUUAUCGAACAGUAACACUUCCACCUCAGAUGAGUUAAAGACACUUCAAAGUAGUUUAGUGCAAACUCAGGAGGAGCGCAACAAACUGAAAGCAGAAGUAGAUGAAAUUCGCAAGGAAAUAGCAACAGUACGCAAAGACCUAAGUAGCGUUGAAAAGGCUCGUCUAGAGCUGGAAACCGAUAAUUUAUCGUAUAGUGAAAAGCUAAAAUGUACGCAACUGGAAAAAGAAAAAAUAUUGCAGGAUCUGGCCUGUGUUACACGCGAUCGUGGUGAUAUUCAUAAUCAAUUGACCGCAUUGUGUCGCAAAAAAGAGUCGCUCAAUGAAGAACUUAUGCGAACACGACAAAAGUUGGAGCAAACCGUCGAAACAAAUAAUCGUUUGAAUAGAAAUUUGGAAGAGAUGGUAAAGGAUGUGGAAGAAAAACAGGUCGUUAUAGACUUGCAUGAGAAGGAAACGCAUCGAUUACAGGAGCUUCUCGCAGCAUUACGUACUGAAAAGGAGUCUCUUGAAGCUGUACUUUUCGAUACAAAUACACAGUUAGAAGCCACUGAGGAGAAGCGCCAACAGCUGGAGCGGGAUUACCAAGAAGCACUUGUGCGCGAAGAGUCAUUGAAAAACACCGUUAGUCGCCUCAGUAAAGAACUAGAACAAUGUCAACGUCGUGCGCAAGAAACUAAAACUCAACUGAUGAAUGCGGCACGUGCUGCUGAAAAUGAUUUCAAUCAAAAGAUUGCGAAUCUUAAAGCAGCAGGCGAAGAAGCAGCUAAGAAACAUGCGGACGAGUUAUAUAAACUGAAAACGGGAUUGGAAAAGCGUAUGGCACAAGCGCUACAGGCGCUCCAAACGGCAAAGGAUGACGAGAUAGAAAAGUUACAGGAGCGUUUGGAGGCAUUACAAGCGCAUUUGGAAAGCUUACUACAACAGCAUGAGGAGGCGAUGAUACGCGCCGAAAAUGAAAAGCAACAAGCUUUGCUAAUGGCACAUCGCGAUAAGCAAGCGCUCAUGGAAAAGUUGGAAGCAGUCGCGCGAGAAUUGAAAGUGGAACAGGAAGGGCUCGAACGACUGAAACGUGAACACAAUGCACACGACGAAAAGCAGCGCAAUGCAAUUGCGCAGUUGAAGGAUGAAAUCUCGGCAAUGCGUACAAGAGAGGAGGAAAAUAGAAUGAAACUCGAAGAAUGCAUAAGGAAACAGGAAAUGCAAUUAACGAGUCUAAAAGAGGAAAGAGAUAAUCUUAAUCGUCUGGCGGAGGAGUUGAAAAUGGAUAUACGUCUAAAAGAAGAUAAAGUGGAAGGAAUCAACAAUGAAUUGCAGGAUGCAUUGAGAAAAACCAAAGAAGGUGAGGCAUACAUAGACAGUUUACGCAACGAGCUUACCGAUUGUCGUCGCCAAUUGGUGGACAGUAACAUUGAGAAGGACAAGUAUUCCAACAGCAACAAGGAGUUGCGCGAUCAUGUGAAGCAUGUCGAAAGCGCUAAACGCGAACAGGCACGCGCCAUCGAGGAAGCUUUACAGAAAAUUAAUACACUACAAGAAUCUAAAAGUUCGCUGGAAAAUGAUCGUACACGUCUAACGACGAUUCUAAAGGAGACUGAGAAUAAUAUGAGUAAAACUGUGCAAGAACUCAAUGCAACCAAGAAUACGCUACAAAAAACGCAAAUGGAUUUCGCUCAAAAGGAUGAAGGUGGCAAGGAAUUGCAGAACAAGUUGGCGGCAGAAACCGAAUUGAAGGAGCGUAGUCAACAGGAGCUCGGUCAGAUUAAAAAACAACUUGCCGAUCUUGAAGAAAACUUAUGCGAAACACGAGCGGAACUUGGGCGUGCCCGUUGUCAGUCCAAUCAAGAAGAGCAUCGUUUCCACAAUCGUGAGCAGGAACUGCUUGCGCGCAUUGAAGAGGCACGCGGUAGAGAAAAACGUCUGGAGGAUCAGAAACAUAAUCUCGAAGUAUGCCUUGCCGAUGCUACACAACAAAUACAAGAGUUAAAAGCUCGUCUUGGCGGUGCUGAAGGGCGUAUACGUGCACUGGACGAGCAAUUGGCUUGUGUAGAGCUGCACAAACGCGACACAGAGCAUAAAUUGAGCUCAGUAGCACACACACUGCGCCGCAUUGCCGGCAUUCAGCCCGACGGUAGUGUCAAUCUUUCCUAUCGCCUCAUCAGCCCAACGCGACGUUACAGUCCCAUUCGCAAUGGCAUGGCAUCAUCCAGUUGUCAUGAUUACGACGCUAGGAGCACGUCACAAUGUCCGGAGGCACCUUGUGAUCUAGAUCCGGAUUUAGUGCGUAAGGGUGUGCGCAAUCUAAUGCAUCAAGUAGCGCAAAUUGAGCGUGAGAAGGAUGAUAUGAAAGUACAAUUGGCGGCGGCUAAAAAGCAGCUACAGGAUGCUGCUGAACAGCAGUUGCGCUGCGAUGGAAAAGUCGGUAAACUUCAACAAAUGUUGCGACAUUUGCAGGAGGAGAAGAGUAACCUAAACACUGAAUGUAGUAUGAAAGCUUCGGCCUUAAAUGCGCUCGAAGAAAAGUUUAAGCAGAAGUGUGACGAGUGUCAACAGAUGCGUGAGAAGAUUACACAACUGGAAAUGCAGUUAGGAUCAUGCAACGAGGAGAACUCGCAGAUUGAAGAUCGUUUGGAGAAAUGCCGUAGUCACGGUGCGAAAUUGGAAAAUGAGAAACGUCAUCUCCAAGAAGAGUUAGCCAAGGCAGAGGGUCGUGCCGCCAAGUUGGAUCUGCAGCGUGUCGCUAUGGAGGGUGACAUAAAUCGUUUGCAGAUGGCUCUGCAAGAAAAGGAUUGUCAGGUACGACAAGCGCAAGAACGAUUAGACAACCAAAAUAGAGCAAUGGUACAAUUGGAAGAACGUUGUACCUCACUUAAGACGACAGUGGAUCAAAUGAAAGAUCGUCUGCAAAAGACAGCAGUCACAGAAAUGGAAUUACGUGGAGAAAUUAAAGUGCUGAAUAAAGAACUCUCCGAACAGGGACAUUGUUCACAAUCAAAUGAAGAGAAACUGAAGUUACUACAAAAACAAUCACAAGCAGCGGAAAAUGAGAAGCGUAUACUUGCUGAACGUUUGGAUAAUGCACAAAGCAAUCUGAAUGAGUUGCGACGCAGCCAACAGGCGCAAUUAGAUCGUAUACAGAGAUUGCAAGAGCAGGUUACCGAUUUAGAGGUGCAACGUUCGGCUUUGGAGUCACAAUUGCGUAUUGCGAAAUGGAAUCAGGAGGCGGGCGAUAGCGGCGGCAUAACGACUAAUGUCGACAAACGCGAGGAAGAAGAGUUGAGUCGCCAAUUGAAAUCGUCGCAAAGAGAAAAAUCCGAAUUACGCAACAAAUUACAAACUCUACAAGACAAAGUCAAGCAAUUGGAGUCGGAGCGAAAGAGCAAAUUUUCGGGUGGUGGUGGCAUUACAGCAUAUGAUCGCGCAGAGAAAAAUACUUCAUAUUAUGAUUCUGGAGAUUACGACUCUAAUCGAAUGGAAAAUGCGCAAGGUUCAUACAGUUGCGGUCUGGAUCAUGCCGUCAUAGAGCAUGAGUCCCGUGAUCUACGUUUAAAAGUGCGACGCUUAGAGACACUCUUGGCGGAAAAAGAAUCCGAAUUAGCAAGACUAAAGGCACGCGUACACGAUAGUGCCAAAUGUGGGGAGGGUGGAAUAGAUGCAGAUCGCUAUCGCACCGCUCAACUGCACGCCGAAAAAUUAUUAGAUGCGCGCGAACAGUCGCAUCGCCAGCAGGUGUUGCGUUUAGAAAAUCAGAUAUCUAUGUUACGUGAACAAUUGGCACAAGAAGCCAAACGACGACAACAAUACAUUUUGCGCAGCUCGAAAGCCAAUCGCGAAAUGCAACACUUGCGCAAUACACUUGGCGAUUCAUUAAGACACGUUUCUCAACAUCCUUUAGAUCCGAAUUUGUUGGAAAGCGAGUCGCGCCGCUUGGACAAUGCCGUUUCUAUGAGCCUACCACCGUCAACAUGUCGAGAUUACGAUCAAUAAAACUUGUGAAGUGAAUUGAUUUGUGCGCAUAAGGAAUUCACGAAAGGACGGCGAAAUUGAAAACUGCCAUUAAUAGCUUCCUUUUAGAAACUAAAUGCAUUUAUUAGCAUACAUAUUUACAUGCAUAUAAACUAGUCACAUAGUAUACAAAUCAUAACUAUUAUCACUAACCACACAUGCAUACUUACAUACAUAUGAAUACAUAUGUAGAUAUACAUAUACUAAAAUUGUGAGAAAAAUACAAAACU